AUGCAUAUGUGUUAUGAGAGACCCGGCUUGGUCACCGCCCUGAACGGAGGAGUUGGGUACGACAAGUGGGACCGGGACAGGGGCGGGGGAGGCGGCUCGGGCGGCGCCGGCAGCGGCGCAGGCGGCGCGUGGGCGGGUCGUGACCGCGAACGCGACCGCGAGCGCGAGCGACAGAUGCGCGCGCAUCAGAUGUCGCUCGCGCACGCCCCAGAGCCCGACGCCUCGUCGCUCUUUCCGGCACCAGUCAGGGUGACAGGCAGGCAGGACAGCGUGAGCCGACAGAUCCAGACUAAAUUGGGCGACUACCACCUAGCACAGUCGUUCAUUGACGAUCCCAGCAAGUCCAUUGGUAUCUGCGCGGAACCACCUAGCCCUGCGCCAUGCCCUCCGUCACGACGGGAAAGCGAGUUCAAGAAGCCGGCGCACGCACCACAGAACGGUGUGAGGAUACACCACCAGCGUUCCCAUAUCUCACACAACAAGAGCGAUGGCCCUGGUUCAACGGGAGCACCUGUUCACCGACCACCGCCACUUCGGAUACCCAACGGUGUUCAAUCACAACAUGCUAUCGAUAGCAGUCAACCGCCGAUAGAAAGUAUUUUAAAGGAGAUGAAGUCUUUACCAACGCCGUUGUCAGUCAUAGCAGCGACGCCGAGGAAAGAACUGGAUAACAAAUUUAUCUUUAAUCCUUACACAAAUAAGGUUCAAGAAAACCCCCAGUUGGUUUCCAACGAUCUCAAAACUCCCCUUCCUAAGCCUGGUUUAGACAACCGGAUAUCGAACUCAAGAAGUUCAGUUUCGCCUUCCUGUGAUGUGAACAAAGACCUCGGGUUAUCGGAAAGCGAUGAGGAAGUCGCCAACACGCAUGCGAUAGGACCGCCUAUCUCUCCGCUCGGAUCUGGCAGUCCUAGCUCAGGCAGUUCUUCUCCAUCCGAGGAUUCCGAAAGUGAAUCUUCGUCGGCGGAAUCCACAACACCGGCGCCAGCUCCGGCGGCGCCAGCCCCUACGCCCGCGCCCCCUCCUACGCAGCGUUCUUCGUGGUCUCUGUCAAACUUCGCACCGCCUCCAGCUCACCCGCCAGAGACUUAUGAUUCGGGAAAGGAACUCAGACAUGCCCUCGCCGACAUCAAAGGGAAGCCGCAAAGUCCGAUAUCGGAGAUGUCGGACUCGGAGACGUCGUCUCCGUCGCCAGGCGUGGUCAGACGACGGAAGUCCAUACCAAACCGAGUGUCUACAGCUUCUAGCGACGAGGAAACGUCUAGACAUUCCUCUACGGCCACAUCCCAACCUUCGGCGCCUUUGAAGCGUGGUCGGCCGCCCAAAGUGCGUCCUUCAGAGGAACGUCCCCCUAAGAAGCGCCGUGGCCGCCCUCCCAAGACGCGGCCUCCUACCCCGCCCCCCGCCACGCAGCACCUGCCGCCUCCUGAUCCACCCGCAGACAGUGACGUGGAACCUGACCCUCCACAACACCAAUCGCUUCAAGACAACAAGACGCAUAUCUUUCGCAGGGUUUUCACACCCAAGGCAAAAAGUGAUGAGGGUGGUGGCAAAGGUGGUAAGGGAGGGAAAGGUAAGGGAGGAAAAGGCAAGGGCCAGGUGACAAUAAUUGAGAGAACACCUGAAUCCGGCGCCGAUGAAGAAUCUAGACGACAUCGCUCUCGGUCUGUUGAGCGAAGGAAUGAAGAAGCUUUGGCUAGGGUAUCACCGCCACAGGAAGUCGAACGGAGAAUGGAAAGGCCAGAGCGGCGUCGCGAUAUAGAAAGACACGACCGACCUUCUGCCGAAAGGAUCUCCAACGAUAGAGUACCUUCAGACAGGAUACCUGAGCGAACGCCUAGCGAUCGAUUUCCUAAUCGGUUAUCUGAAAGAAGUUCCCAUGAACGGAUACCUUCUGAUCGGAUAACGAUGGAACGCACCUCAAAUGAUCGGAUACCGAUAGAACGUACCUCCAACGAUCGGAUACCGGAUCGACUCACCGUCGACAGGAUAUCUUUAGAUCGGACGUCAACGGAUCGGACAGUGUCAGACCGUUCGUCGUCAGCUAGCGAUCGGCGGUCGGUCGAUAGACUAUCGGGCGGGCUCUCCGAUCGCCUCGUCGAUCGACCUCCCUCGGAACGGUUACUGGGCGACAAAAUGGAGCGGUUAACGGUGCCCCACGAGCGGUUAUCGGGAGAGAGAACGUCAAACGAGAGGAUAGCGAGCGAAAAGGUUACGCACGAUCGCCAUUCUGACGCAAAAGCUCGGUUGCUGGACAACAAAAUGUCGAUAGACAGAUUGGCGGAGAGCAAGGUUUCGAUCGACAGGUCGGUCGAAACCAAAACCGAAAAGGCCGCGGGAGAGAAACCCGAACGGACGUACGUCAGAGCCGAGGCCGACGUCGGUUCCGGAAUCAAGUCCGGUCGAGGUUCCGAGAGGCUAGAGGAGGCAUCCUCUAACGUGUCGGAGCGCCGACGCCAGCGCCUGGUGGUGCGCGUGCCGCUGUCGCGCCUGCGCGCCGCCACGCUGCGCUCGCUGCAGCGCCCGCGCCGCGCCGCGCCCAAGCGGACCCCCACGCCGCACACCGACCAGAGCGGAGAGGUGGCAGCGACGAACCACGAGCGGACGGACACGUACACGGGACAGACACCCAUCUACUUCUCAUACUUCGAACGCUUGCCCGCCGACGCCCUUUCAGACGAAGAGAGGGACCACAAAUAUUACCUAGAAGAAGCGACCCGACUCCGUUCCGCGGCGGAGCGGUCCCAGGAGCCGCUACCGCGCGUGAUGCUGUACCUGGAGUCGGUGCUGUGCUUCGUACUCACGGGCCGCGUGCUCGAGCUCGAGCUCGACACCAAGGGCGCCUUCACCAUCUACCGUGAGACCAUCGAGUACAUUAAGUCCAUACACUCCAUGCCGCAGAGGUUUAGGGCCUCGCCGCACGACACCUUCAACAAACUGGACAUCUUGAGCCUACGAGUCCAAGCGCUGCUGUACCUGCGCAUGUUCAAGAUGUACAACCGCGAGGUGAAGGAGUACAACAAGAUAGUCAACGAGUACCAACAGAAGCCGGCGCUGGCGGAGUCGGUGUCGCCGCUGUCGCCGACGCCGUCUCCGGCGGGGUCCGUGGGGUCGGUGGGGUCGGGCUCGGCCUCGUCGGGCUACUGCUCGCUGGCGCACUCCGUGCCCGCGCACGCGCACCAGGCGCUGCUGCUGCUCAACAAGUACUACGCCUUCCUCUACGUCGCGCACGACCUGUGGGAGCAGGCCGACACGCUGUGCCGCCUACGGGCCAACCGGGAUCUGUUCAUAGCAGUAGACCGCAAGUGCGGUCCGCUCUCCCUGUCGUCGACGUUCAGACACCUCGUCCAAUAUGUUCGUCACGCCAUCUCACUGCUCAAGAGCGUUCCGAGGGAAUGA